AUGCUCGCUCGCUCGGCCCUCAAGCGCUUCUCCGCCGCCGCGCGCAACGGCACGUCCCCCGCCUUCGUGCAGCAGACGCGCCUGUACCACGAGAACGUCAUCGACCACUACGAGAACCCGCGCAACGUGGGCGCCAUGGACAAGAGCGCCAAGGACGUGGGCACGGGCCUCGUGGGCGCGCCCGCCUGCGGCGACGUCAUGAAGCUGCAGAUCCAGGUGGACGAGCACGGCACCAUCGUGGACUCGAAGUUCAAGACGUUCGGCUGCGGUUCGGCCAUCGCGUCCUCGUCCGUGGCCACCGAGUGGCUCAAGGGCAGGAGCGUGGACGAGUGCCUCAAGAUCAAGAACACGGACAUCGCGGCGCACCUAAAGCUGCCGCCCGUCAAGCUGCACUGCAGCAUGCUGGCCGAGGACGCCAUCAAGGCCGCCAUCUCGGACUACAAGCGCAAGCAGACGGCCUCGAGCUAA